AUGACACUCCUCAAUGAUGUUAUGAAAGAGGCCUUAUGCCUCGUCGAAUCUUCUCCAAAAAUUGUGACUGCCACAUACAAAGAUGAAAUCUAUAAAAGAUUUUCCAACCCUCCAGAUGUAGACGAGGAUGAUGUGGACGAAGGUAUUUGGAUGACAGUCAAUCGAAAACUUGACGCGUUGUUUGGUCGAGAUGAUGGUCACAAGCACAUCUUAAAAGGUCCUGAAGGGAUUUCUUUGGUGAUUGACUGGGUCAAUGAAGCACGCAAGCACCCUUCCUGGGAUUCACCAGAAGACAAAGAAAAAAAAUUGCAAAAAAAAGGUGGCUUUGAUUCCGCAUCAGAUCGGUUGGUGAAGCUCAAAUUUGAGCGCAUUUGUAGCAAAGUUAAGGAACUCGAAGGAUCUCUACAAAGUGAAACUCGACCUGCUCAAGCCAUACCAAACCCAUCAAAUGGAAUCAAGCGCCGAAUUGUAUCUAACCCGACCCUCGAUCUCAAUGUUGCAAUUGCUGAGGAGCCUAAGCCUCCACCAAAACGACAGCAAAAAAAAACUAGUGGAUCUACUAUGAUUCUGAUCUCAUCUGACAACGAGGUUAUAUUUGUUGGAAGUAAUCUUAAACAAUCAAAAACAAAAACAAAGCCAAAGAAACAAAACACGAUCAAUCAAUGUCCUCUUUCAAAAGCAGACCAGCCUUGCAUACGUUGUAAGAUUGAAGUCCAUGAAAAGGGCAAGCUUCUCAAAUGUCAUUGUGGCUCAGCGCCAGUAACUUUGCGCAAAGGGCGAAGUGAAGCUGCACAAGUGCACUGGAAAAGUGCUAUGUGUCAGAAUGCAACGGCUCGUUUGAAAACCAACACGCUUUUGAGCGCGUACUUUGUAAAAGACCCUGCUGUUCAACCCGUCAACAAGAACAUCAUCGACACGGUUUGCCUAGGUCUUACAGAUGAAACCUGGGUUCGUCCUCGAGCCACUCAGACAAUUGCACAAUUCUUGGAGAGCACUUGUACAAUCUAUCGUGGUGUUGACCGGCACAGUCUUCGCAAAGAACUCUUUGGACACAAUAUCCGCGAGAACGAUCUCACCUCAUCACAAAAAGCCGAACUUCUUGCAACAAUGGACGCACGUGCAACAUGGGUGGUCAAGAGAAACGCACUUAGAACGAUGAAAGGCAUGAUAAUGGGAUGUUCUAUACGUGCCGAGCGCGAGGAGGCAGGAAAAUCUCUCCGAGCAAGAGUGCCCUUAAGAUUGUCACCAAGAAUUUCGUCGGGAAAACCUUACGAUGCCAAAGAAUGGAUCGGGCAAAAACUUGGAUACUCAGGUCCUGUUACAGUAGGCUCAGAUCAAACAGUCUGUGUCCAAACCCUUCGUCAUCAUCGUGGAUUCAUCGUCGGAGCCCAAGGAGGCGACAUACCCUUCAAUAGCCCAAAUGAACUGCAAGUCUUACUUGAGAAAAUCAAGGACGAGAAUAGUCUAUGCUCAAAAAUCCGAGUUUACACAAUGCAAGUUCCUCUUCCGAAUAUACCAACUCUAGUGGUUGCUUUGUUAGCUAGUCGAUCGGACGAAGGAGGCGAUGAGAUUGCAACACUUCAUGAAACAGUUAUCAUGAUGAGUCAAGCUGCCGGUAUCAAUGUAUUGUCAAUCGGUGCGGAUGGAGCAGCAAAUGAACUGGCUGCUCAGGCCAAACUGAAUCAAAUGGCCACUCGAUUUUUGACUUAUAAAAACGAAAAACAUGAUGUACACAUCAAAGUCCCACUCUUGGGCAAUCCACUCCUUCCAAUCGUGACCUUACAAGACCCUAAGCAUGCUAGGAAGACCGGCGCAAAUCAACUUUUAUCGGGAUCACGCUUGAUCACUUUAGGAAAAUAUGUUGUUUCUCUCCAGGAUCUUUCUCAGGUUCUACAAACACCAAACAGCCCGCUCCUUACAAAGGAUGUGUUUGACUGUGAUAAACAAGACGACGGACGAGCUCUGAGGACCUUCUGCUCUGAAACUGUGGCGGUCACGCUGGCUCAACCGGACUGUUCUGGAUUAACUCUGUGUGGACGUCUGGUUUCUUCUUACGGUUCUGGAAAGCUCAUCUUCUCAAGCGUCAAAAAGAAACGAAAGAUCUUUUCAAGUCUUGCUGAAUCAUUUUUGGCGCUGAUCAUUUCACAUCGAGAAUAUUAUGGUGAUUUCCCGUUUUGUCCAUGGAAGCACGGAACAGAAGCUUGUGAACACAUCUUUGGAUGGAUGCGUGUCAUCUUUCCCAAUUUUAGUGUCCUUGAUGCCCGCCUCAUGAUGCCAAAGAUCAUCGCAGUUGUCAAGAGCAUCAUGAGUGGUAGAAUGAAGAUGCCACCAUCGGAACACCUACAUGCGGGCUACCAGAUCUCUUUAAAUGAAGAAAAUCCCAACAACCUCGAUCAUCUGCGCAACUUUCCGUCUAAUAAAGAGAUAUCAGACGAUCUCGACAUUGCCAAAAAACGUGCUCUUAGUUUGGCAGAAUAUUGUGAGAUGGUUGUAAAUGAGCUUGAAGAUUUAGACGAUGAUGUAGAGGAAAUUGUCCGAUCAACUGUUGAGAAAGUUCAAGAAGACUCGCCGGAUAUCUCAACGAGCGCUGCCAAAGAUUAUCAAAUAAAAUAUGGCUUCGACAUGGGGGAAUUUCCCGAGGAUGAGGCUUUUGAAACCGCAGCUAUAUUAACAAAAGAGCAGAAUGCUCUCAAUCUCAUGCUCGAUAAAGUACCCGAAACUCUUGAGGGCGACGUAGUUCAGAAUGCUGCGAUGUCAAUAUCAAACCUUCUCAACUCUAGCGACGAGCCUCACAAGACCAUAGACUUGACAGUGGGUGAAGAAUCGUUGAGCCUGAUUGAUGGUGACAAACUUCACCACAAGAACAUCAUGAAGCUACGACGAAGUCAUGAUAGUCAGGUUUCCAAGAAUAAAGCUCAACUCAACUACCAACGAUGGUGGCAUGAAACCGAGUGUUUGCUCGAAAGCCAUAGCAGUCUUUAUGAAGACUUUUUCUGGAACUCCAGCUGGUGCCGCACGUCGGCACCGGUGGAAUAUGCAUGUAAAGAUAAAUCUGGCGGGGAUUAUCACCAACACCACAACAGAUCGAGCUUUGGACCUGCAGCAGUUAUUCGAUGCUGGAUCGAUUGGGGUUGA